AUGUCACUGGAAGUUGCCUUUCGCCGGCUGGCCAUUCGUCCCACGCCGCCAUACCACCAAUGCCGACGCUCCAUUUCGACGACUCCGAUCUCGCGACAGCAGCAGAACAACGCGACGGCUGUUCUUGCUGAACAACUCCGGGCCAGCUCCUCGCAGUCGACAUCGACAUCCACAUCCACAUCAGCAUCACGGGCCAAUCCACCCCGACCCGCCGAUGCCCUCUCCUCCCUCGACUCGACAUCCACCUCUACCCCUACCUCAUCGGCCGGCUUCUCGCUCGCUCGCGGCGCAAUAGGGAUCGCUACGGACCCCCGCCGUGAACAAGCCCAGCGCCAAAUGCUUCUCGAUGCGUCCCGCGGCUGGGAUCGUGGAGACCUCGAACGUCAAGCCGUCCAUCGCCGCUGGAAAGCCGGCGAUGUCUACGCCCCUCAUGAUCUGACGGGGGCAGAAAUGGCCAAAUGGAAGAAAGCGCGCCGACGCCCCAAGCCAAAGGUGGAUGUCGUGGAUUCUUUGGGCUUGAAGCCAAUCGACCAUUACAAGAACUUUUCCAUGAUGUCAGAGUAUAUGACGGAGAUGGGGAGGAUUAAACACAGCAACGAGACGAAUCUGAGACCGGUGAAUCAGAGGCGUAUGGCAAAGGCUGUGAGGAGGGCGAUCGGUGUCGGGAUCUUGAUGCCGAGUACGCAUCGACAUCCCGAGAUUUUGAGGAUGGAAAUGAAUUGGGGGACCAACCGGACGGGUUAG